AUGGUGCACGAGGGUGCAGAGGCCACAGACACCUUUGAAGACGACCGCGUGACGCCGAUGGAGCAGAUCAGUAAGACACAUUCACGGCGACUGAGCCGGUAUAGCAAUGAUGAUAGGCAUAGAGGGAGAGGGGUCGACCGCUCCGCGACGGACGUGGACACAGACACCAGCUCCCAGAGAUACCGGAGAAGCAGACAAAGGAACUCCAUGAUCAGCCACUCCAGCCUCAACGCAGUAAAACAUCCGCCGCGAUCUCACUCUGUACCCUGGUCUCAUCAUCGGUCUCCGCUUCGUGAAGAGUCCGAAGUUCCUGGCCACGAAACUUAUGACAACAUUGAUAGCGACGACAACUUGUCAGAGGAUGAAGCAGACUCGGAUGCCUUGGAAACACGACAUAGCCAGUCUGCUGUGUCUCAAGGUCGCGACUCUCCGGCGAUGAGAAACAGCGGUUCACGAAGCUCUAAGGGGAGCAUAUCCACCAUCAUACAGUCAACUUUUGUUGAUCGAGGGGAGAGCCCAAAGACCGAAGUCCCUCGGAAACGUCUGGCGUCUUCCACCAUCUCCACUAGGGUUUCACCACCGAUAGUCCAAGUGCAUGAUGCCCUGAGGUACCUCGACGAAGACUCUCCAGACAUCACCGAGGAGAGCAUCCGGCGCUCCGUAGCAGAGGCCUCGGCAGUUUGGAGGUUAUCAUCUGCAUCUUCGGUAAAGUCCAACAGACCACCAUCUGCUCCCAACACGAGUCCCGGCUCGUCAUCUUCCUCGAGCGGCGACAGCGGUAGGUCAUCGGACCUCGUACGGGACCACGAAAGCGACCGGAGCAGCAGCCCAGCUCGAAGCGUCAACGAGGCCGAAACCUCGUUGCAAAGUAGCGUGAACCGCGCAUCCGUCGUCACGACUGCCGACCUCAAAGAGCGAAAACGCGGCAGACGGCCUAGCCACGAGCAAUACGGAACCCCCGAGAUGCCUCGCGGUAAAGCACAGCUACCUCAUAUUCCACCAAAAGCGUUAAAGGCGCGCCCAGCGAGCCAAGCUCAGGCGAUGCAUCUGCCUCGCGCCGAAAAACUACCGCUCUCUGGUUACGAACUCCUGGCGGCACGCGUGUCAAACGCCUCACAAACCGAUCACGGCCAUGGACGCAGUUCGCGGGCACGUCGCGGAAGCGUUGGAUCUUCCGUUUCAGCAGUAUCCACGGCGCCGUUGACGCCUUUCCAGAACCACCCGCCACUGAAGCCUAUAUACCGCAGGUUCGAGGCUUUGAACCACAGGCUGCUCCUGCAGCUGCAAGACGAGUUGAGCGAACUAGAGGAGCAGCUUCAUCGCCUCGACACGGCAGACACUCAGACCCGCCGCGUCCAGAACCAGAUCCUUCCGGCGUCAAGACGUGCAGGAAGUGUAGCUGGAGGUGAAUUGCAAUGGCACAGGACCGAUGUACUGGCAAAGAUCGGAUACAAACUAGCCCAAUACAACCAUGUUCUCACGUCCUUCACCGAGACGCAAAAGCUGCCUAGCCCCGCCGCGGAUGACGUUGAGAACUAUCGCACAUACUUGGCAGCAAAAAAUCCAAUCGCCGAAAUCGAAGCUCGGUUCUUGGACACGGCCGACGAUCUCGUCUCGCUGACUCCACCACGCCCUGCAUCCCCACGAUCCAACAUAUGCCGAAGCCAACAGCAGCACUACGCCUCACACCAAUCCAUGUCUGAUGAUGCACUCACCCGCAUGCAAACCUCUGGACCGUCUAUAUCCCACAGCCCGACGAAAUGGUCGUAUAGACACGACGGGCCCCACGACGACCAGAUCAUGCAGUCUCCGGAGAAAGACAAGGUGGCGUCGGGCGCCAGGUCCGGAGAGGAAAAGAACGGGUUCAAAAUCUUGGUGGCGGCAGCAGCGGCAUCCGUCCUCGUGCCUGUUCUCACUUUCCCACUGAUCCCUAGCUUCAUGGGGCGGGUGGUGGUGGUCGUGAUAGUGGCGCUCACACUGCUUCGUCUGUACGGCGGCGACGGGAGGAGUGGCAUUGCCCUUCCCAAGCAGGCCAGGGAUAUAAUAAGCAACCUUUCGACGAGGGAUAUUGUGCUGACGAUGGGGUCGUAUGGUGCUGUCAUGACGGUUAUUGCGGGGAUAAUUUGAUGAGCUUCGGGGCACUUUACCUGGUCCCUGUUCAAAGUUCGAUCCAGAUGGCGUAUCUGGCAAUGACCUGACUUUGAAGCAGCUGAUAGUAGUAGCAUUUGAUUCUCAGGCAUAGACUUGCAUGGAGCGUGUCUGUACACAGUGGCGUUUGUUA